UGAUGAGGAAAAAUAUCCCACUAAAAAUCUGCAGUAAUUGCCGGUGCUCUUUCUGUUCUCUUCUGCUUCUCCCUUCUCUUUACUCCUUCUACUGAACCACCGUCUUACGAACUCGUAGGGGGUCUUCCAAACUGCCAGACAUGGGGGAUGCCGGAGAAAUUCAACUCCAAAUCAGAGGAACUCAAGAACAACAAAGCCUCCAUAAAGAUGCAACCGCCGGCAAUCAACCACCGAAACCAUCCUCCUCGUUCAAACAAUGGCGGUGGUGGCUCAUGGUGGCUCUCAAUAUCUUCUUCCUCGUCGCUGGCCAAACAGUGGGCACCCUUCUCGGGAGGCUCUACUACAACGAAGGCGGCAGCAGCAAAUGGAUGCUCACACUUGUCGCGUCUGCAGGCUAUCCAAUCCUCUUCCUUCCACUUCUUCUCUUCCCUUCACCCACUUCUACCACCUCCUUUGCCCGUGUGCCCAUCACUAACAUUGCAUUCAUAUACAUCUCGUUAGGCCUCAUGGUAGCAGCAGACAACUUAAUGUAUUCCUAUGCCCUCUUGUACCUUCCUAUCUCGACCUACUCCCUUCUAUGUGCUACUCAACUGGCUUUCAAUGCAGUCUUCGCCUACUUCCUCAAUUCACAAAAGAUCCCUCCCCUCAUCUUCAACUCUAUCAUGCUCUUAACAUUCUCUGCUGCUCUCCUGGGGAUCCAAUCCAAUACAGAGGACUCCAAAUAUAUCCCUAAAGAGAAGUAUCCACUAGGAUUUGUGUUGACACUUGGAGCAUCAGCUACCUACUCACUGAUCCUGUCUCUAAUGCAGCUCACCUUCCAGACGGUUCUGAAGACCGAGACAUUCUCCGUCGUGCUGCGGAUGCAGAUUUGGACAUCGUUCGUCGCAAGCGCUGCCACUGUGGCAGGGCUGUUUGCCAGUGGAGAGUGGAGGAGGUUGGAGGGGGAGAUGGAUGGCUUUGGGAAGGGGAGGGUGUCAUAUGUGAUGAUAUUGGUGUGGUCUGCAGUGGCUUGGCAGGUGGCCGCCGUGGGGAUAGUAGGUUUGGUUUUUGUGGUGUCCUCUCUAUUCUCUAAUGUGAUCAGCACCUUGGGUCUACCUGUGGUGCCAAUCUUUGCUGUGAUCUUCUUUCAUGAUAAGAUGGAUGGAGUGAAGGUCAUGGCCAUGUUGAUUGCUCUUUGGGGGUUCAUUUCUUAUAUUUAUCAGCAGUAUCUUGAUGACAGUGAGGCCAAAAGGGCCAUUAGAAGUGAUACAGAGGCUGGGUCAGGUGUUUCCAUCCCUCCAUAGAAAAAUAGGUGGUCACCUUUAACUUUCUUCUUCUCUUAGGUAUGAGUUGGUUGGCUGUCUUCCUAUCCUCCAUUCAUGGGAAUCAGUGAUCAUGUAUUCGAAGAAAGAUGCAUAUGAAUUCUCUCAAAAGGAAGAUAUAUGAUACUGUUCUUUGUGUCAUGAGUCACAUUGUUGAUUAAAAAAACUGAAAGAGCUUAAAACUUUUAAAAA